GUUCAGUUCGGUUGUGAACUUCAGAAUCAUUGUCAAGAGUGUUCAGCUAUAUCAAGGAUCAGCUAUAAGCCAGCAGACUGAACACAAACACGCAGCAAUUGCUUUAGCCGAACUGAAAAACAAUUAACAUCAGCCACAUAGAACGUGUUGCCAACAAAACAAAAUACAACAACAACAACAACAACAGCAAAACAAACAAAAAUGCUGGCCAGUGAAAAUUUUCAAAUACACCACUACAACCGCAAUUCUAUAUAUAAGCCCUACGAUGAGGAAUUGGCAAGCAUGGCGAAGCAAUUGACGACCACGGCUGAUGCAGCUGGUCUCGAUGCAGCGCAGGCGACAGUUGAGUACGGCAAUCCAAGCAAGCAAAUGUUAGGCAGCAGCUCCUCGAAUAGUAACAAUAAUAACAGUAUUGUUGCCAAUGGCCUGCCCAGCUUUGUGGUCAGCCAUCCCUCGGCCGAAUUCGAGGGCUUUAUACGCGCCUGCGUCGAUGAGAUUAUACAGCUGGCCGUCUUUCAAGGUACCAAUCGCUCCUCGAAGGUUGUGGAAUGGCAUGAGCCUGUCGAGCUGCGUAAGCUUUUUGAUUUUGAGCUGCGGGAUCAGGGCGAAUCGCCGGAUAAACUGCGCCACCUGCUCCGCGAGACAAUACGAUUCUCGGUAAAGACAGGUCACCCGUAUUUCGUCAAUCAGCUGUAUUCGGGCGUGGAUCCCUACGCGCUGGUGGGUCAGUGGCUCACCGAUGCACUCAAUCCAAGUGUUUAUACGUAUGAAGUGGCACCCGUUUUUACGCUAAUGGAGGAACAGGUACUCGGAGAGAUGCGCCGCAUUGUUGGCUUCCCCAACAACGGACAUGGCGAUGGUAUCUUCUGCCCAGGUGGUUCGAUAGCCAACGGUUAUGCAAUCAGCUGUGCUCGCUAUCAAUAUGCGCCUGAGUCCAAGAAAAAUGGGUUGUUUAAUGCGAAGCCCUUGAUAAUAUUCACAUCCGAGGAUGCCCAUUAUUCAGUCGAAAAGCUGGCCAUGUUCAUGGGUUUUGGCAGCGAGCAUGUACGGAAGAUAGCUACCAACGAGCUGGGCAAGAUGAGUCUGAGCGAUCUCGAGGAACAGAUUCAGUUGUGCCUAGACAACAAUUGGCAACCGCUGAUGGUAUCCGCGACAGCGGGCACCACAGUGCUGGGUGCUUUCGAUGACUUGUUGGGCAUUUCCAACCUUUGUCAGAAGCACAACAUGUGGAUGCAUGUGGAUGCCGCCUGGGGUGGCGGAGCACUUAUGUCCAAGAAGUAUCGAAAGCUGCUAAAUGGCAUUGAACGCGCCGAUUCGGUCACCUGGAAUCCACACAAGCUUUUGUCUGCCUCACAGCAGUGCUCGACUUUCCUGACACGCCACACCCAGGUUUUGAGCCAGUGCCACUCGACAAAUGCCGCAUAUCUGUUCCAGAAGGAUAAAUUCUACGACACAUCUUUCGAUACAGGGGACAAGCACAUUCAGUGCGGUCGUCGUGCGGACGUCUUCAAGUUCUGGUUCAUGUGGAAAGCCAAGGGCACAAGAGGCUUUGAAGCGCAUGUGGAACAGGUCUUCGAAAUGUCCGAAUAUUUUACAAACAAGCUGCGUGAGCGUCCCGGAUUCGAGCUAGUGCUGGAUAAGCCGGAGUGCACAAACAUUACGUUCUGGUACGUGCCGCCCAGUUUGCGACAAAUGGAGCGCAAUCAGGAGUUCUAUGAUAAGCUCCACAAAGUGGCGCCCAAGAUUAAGGAGGCCAUGAUCAAGAAAGGUUCCAUGAUGAUCACAUAUCAACCGUUGCGCAAAUUGCCCAACUUCUUCCGAUUGGUACUGCAGAACUCGUGCCUGGAUGAAUCCGAUAUGUUAUAUUUCCUCAACGAGAUCGAAACGCUCGGCCAAAAGUUGUAGUUGGACGAUGGAUGUGCUUUAUUCAUAUUAACAACAUUCUUCUUAGGCAUAUGUUUGUAUAUAUGUUGGCAUUAUAUAUCUUUUAACUCGCGAUAAUCAUAUUAGAUUAUAUUUGAAAUUGAUUGAGUAC